UUCGAUCUUCCCGAACGUACGCUUUACUGUUUUCUUCCGGGCUGCUUUGAACCUACCCAGCUGCCGUAGGCAGUGGGUCGAAAGUGCCGUUCAAAAUGGAAGUGAAUCCCCCCAAACAGGAGCACCUGCUGGCCCUGAAAGUGAUGCGGUUAACUAAACCUACUUUAUUCACCAAUAUUCCAGUAACGUGUGAAGAAAAGGACUUACCUGGAGAUCUCUUUAACCAACUCAUGAGAGAUGAUCCUUCAACUGUAAAUGGUGCAGAAAUUUUAAUGUUGGGAGAAAUGUUGACUUUACCACAGAAUUUUGGGAAUAUAUUUUUGGGAGAGACCUUUUCCAGUUAUAUCAGCGUUCAUAAUGAUAGCAAUCAAGUUGUUAAAGAUAUAUUAGUAAAAGCUGAUCUUCAGACAAGUUCUCAGCGUUUAAAUCUUUCAGCCUCCAAUGCUGCAGUGGCUGAACUUAAACCUGAUUGUUGUAUUGAUGAUGUCAUACAUCAUGAAGUAAAGGAAAUUGGAACACACAUCCUGGUGUGUGCAGUGAGCUAUACAACUCAGGGUGGAGAAAAAAUGUAUUUUAGAAAAUUCUUCAAAUUUCAGGUAUUAAAUAUUAAAAUGGUUCUCAAACCAUUGGAUGUGAAAACCAAAUUUUAUAAUGCAGAGAGUGACCUCAGUUCUGUGACUGAUGAAGUAUUUCUCGAAGCCCAGAUUCAGAAUAUUACAACCUCACCCAUGUUUAUGGAGAAAGUUUCACUGGAGCCAUCUAUAAUGUACAACGUAGCAGAAUUAAAUUCUGUCAGCCAAGCUGGAGAAUGUGUAACUACAUUUGGGUCAAGAGCUUAUUUGCAACCAAUGGAUACACGCCAGUAUUUGUACUGCCUAAAACCCAAGAAGGAGUUUGCAGAAAAAGCAGGCAUCAUUAAAGGAGUAACAGUAAUUGGAAAACUGGAUAUAGUGUGGAAAACAAAUCUAGGUGAAAGGGGAAGAUUACAGACCAGCCAACUUCAACGAAUGGCUCCAGGUUAUGGAGACGUUAGGUUGUCUUUGGAGGCAAUCCCUGAUACUGUAAACCUAGAAGAACCUUUUCAUAUUACCUGUAAAAUAACAAACUGCAGCAGUGAAAGGACUAUGGAUCUGGUUUUGGAAAUGUGCAAUACCAAUUCUAUCCACUGGUGUGGCAUUUCAGGAAGACAGCUUGGAAAGCUACAUCCAAGUUCCUCUCUCUGCCUUGCCCUUACUCUCCUGUCUUCAGUACAGGGACUGCAGGUGCGCUAUCUUUUCAGUAUUUGGGGACUGUUAACCAGUGGUCAUUUACUAUUUCCAUUUUUUUCCUCUGAUAAAUUACCAAUGAAUGAAACUUUACACCGGUAUCUUUCUCUCAAUAGAGUGUCUCCGGCUUAAGACUAACUGACACGUUCUUAAAGAGAACAUAUGAAUAUGAUGACAUCGCACAGGUCUGUGUGGUAUCUUCGGCCAUCAAAGUGGAGAGCUGAAGAAAAUUUCCAGUGUUCUGCUUUUCAUUGAGUUUAACAGAACUUUCUGUAUUUCUGUCACCUUUGUGAAAUGAUUGAGUCUACAACAAAAAUAAGUAUCUAUUAUUUAAAUUUCUUUCCUGCAAAAGUUAAAAUAUUAAAUAUUUGUUUUGAAAACAGCCAUCUACUGAUUUUAUCUUAUGAGUUAUAUUCUAAAAGAAUAUUUGUACAUUUUCUAUACAUCUCCUAUUUGAUUUCAUUUCUCACCACUGGACUUUGUUCUCCAAAAGCUCUGUAUUUGAGGCCAUUUACCCCUAGCAAGUAUCUGGAACAGGGGUUAGCAAACAUUUUAUGUAAAGGGACAGAUACUAAAUAUUUGUCUUUGCAGGGAAUGUGGUUUCUGUUGAAAAUUCUUAGCUCUGCUGUUAUAGUAGGAGAGCAGCCAGUAGGCAAAAAGAGCACAGCAGUAUUUACAAAAACAGGCAGCUGGCCAGAUUUGGCCCGCAGGCCAUAGUUUGCUGACCUUGACUUAGAAUAUAGAACUGUUUCUUAAAAAUGUAGAUUAUUAUAAUACUUUAUUUAAAACUUUUCAAUUAGUCCAUUUUUCCCCUAACUCCUCAGUCAGCAGAAAAAGUUGAAAACUAUAGUAAAAAUAAUAAGUAAAUAAAACAACUAGAGUAGUCCCCGUGUAACCUUAUAUUGCAAACACAGUACGAGUUCUCCUAGUGUUUUCAAAGUUACUAUAUUUGUAUAUAUCUGUUUGUACAUAUAAACAGAUCUAAAUUUCAGUUACUAACAGCAGAUCAGAAUUGGCUUAAUUUCUUGGAUUGUUGAUUACUCUAUUAACUUUUAACUAAGAAACCUGAUAAUUUUCUAACUCAAAGCCAGAAAGUCCUGGGUUUUUUUCAUAUUGAAAAACAAGUGACUUAUUUUCAUAAGGCAUAUUGAAAGGAUUUCUACCUUCUGAUAUUUGAUUUUGAACUCUAAGUCAUGCAUUACUACUACAAAACUAUCUCUAGAUGUAAUCACACUGAUUUACUUAUGUCAGGAACAAAACAGUGAGAAAGUUAAUAUUGUAAACAACUUUGAGGGGCUCCUGAGCGGCCCAGUCGGUUAAGUGUCCAACUUCAGCUCAGGUCAUGAUCUCGAGAUCUGUGAGUUCAAGUCCCAUGUGAGGCUCUGUGCUGACAGCUCAGAGCCUGGAGCCUGCUUUGGAUUCUGUGUCUUCCUCUCUGUCUGCCCCUCUCCCGCUUUUGCUCUCUCUCUCAAAAAUAAAUAAAAACAUUUUUUAAAAAAAGAUUGUAAACAACUUUGCAACAUGAAUAUAGUAAGUUUCAAUAUUUUGUAAGGACAACAAAAGCUUAUACUGUUAAAUAAAAACUUAUUUUGGUAAGUUGAAAUUCAAGAACGUAUAUAGAAUCGCUUAACUGUUAGAGGUAUUAAGUCAAAUACAAAAAUUUGUUUUUCUUAAAUGCAUAAUUAUUUAUUGCCAUGACAAAUUAUUUGGUCCAAAGUGAAAGCUAUAUUCAGAAUGAGAUUUGCCCCUUAAGUUGCACUAAUAAUGAAAUCUGUGCAAAAUAAAGUAAAAGCAGUGUAAAGUUGAAGUCUGUCUUCCAGAAUGAGUAAGACUGAUUAAAUGAUAAGACUUGA